AGUAUGGUGGGACACCCAAGGUAGUUCCCCCCAUUUCAGCCCCACCUCCGCCCAGCCCAACCACGGUCGCCGGCUCGCCGCCACACCAGCCGUCCCCACCGGCUGCCGCCGUCUGCUUCCCAUCUGCCGUCCACGCCCCCUCCCCCUUCCGCCACAGCAAUUCCUUCGGAAUCCAUGGCCAAGUUCUCCUUCGACGACGCCGACGACGACCCUCCCGCCGCCGCUUCCGGGAGCGAGAAGAGGAAGCGCGAGGACGGCCCAGACGAGGCCGCCGCCGGCUGGGGCCCUCCGAAGGCCCGAAUUUUUGCCGACCGGGGCGGAGGGCCGGAGGGAGGCGCGGUGGUGGGGGCGGAAAGGGCCGAAGGGAGCGGCCGGAAGGCGGUGGAGACGGUCGUGGGCGGGGAGGCUGACCGGAUCAGUGUGCAGAUCGACCCGGAUGUCCUUGAUUGCUCCAUCUGCUUCGAGCCCCUCCGACCGCCCCUCUACCAGUGCCAAAAUGGCCAUGUAGCGUGCUUUUCCUGCUGGUCCAGGCUCACCAACAAGUGUCACAUUUGUUCUAAUGAAGCUAACUUCGUACGGAACAUUGCACUGGAGAAGGUUGUUGAGUCAGUCAAGUCCGCCUGCUCAUAUGCCAAAUGGGGCUGUAGCAAGUUGGUCAGUUAUUCACUUAGAAAUGCUCAUGAAGAAUCUUGCCUUUUUUCUCCUUCAAAGUGUCCUAUUCCUGGUUGUGGGUACAGAGGAUUCACUGGAUGGUGGUCAGGACAUUUCCAUACAAACCAUAAUAAUGAUAGCCUACGGUUCUCAUAUGGCCAGUGCUUCAAAGUGAGUUUGGAAAUAUCAGUUCCUUUUCUAGUUCUUCUAUCCGAGGAUGAUCACCUAUUCCUUCUCCUCAACAAGAACAUGAUGCCCUACGGGCAUGCGCUUUCAGUUGGUUGCCUUAGGACUGGCAAUCUGAACUGGAAUUUCUUCUAUGAAAUGAAAGCAACUAGUGAGGGAAACACUGAAAACAGCCUGCAAUUGAAGGCUUCUGUCACAAACACAGAGGAUUGGCGUGGCCUCCACCCGACAGAAGCUUUCCUUUUGGUUCCUUAUGCCUUCUGCAGAUCUGGCAAACUAACACUAUUCGUCUCUAUUGAGAGAGUUGCUGAUGUGAGGUGAAUAUUUGAAAGUUUCAUUUGUUGUACUUGUUUUCAGUGAGGCAUCCCUUGCCUAUGCUUUGCUAAACCCUUACUGUGCUCAUGUAAUUCAGAAGCUGCAGUUGAAAUCUGUAAAUAUAUGUGUAUGGUUCCAUGUACUAAGAACUGUAAUUAAGAUGCUUGAUGUAGGAACUGAAUUAAAUUGCAAGUUGCAUUCUUGUGUAAAUCACGAAUUCCUGAUGUAGAUGCAACGAUGUGGUCCCUUCUUUUGCUA